AGUAUUUCUUUCACAUGUAGCCGGAAUCAAUUUCUAUACGGAGUACUACAGACCGAAACAAACAAUAACCGUGAGAUUAUUAUGAAAUGGCCAUUGGUCACAAUCGAACCUCGGCUCUGCUUAUCGAAGACUUACGCUGUCUUCAACCCCAGCAACAGCACUUAGCGCAGACCACAAAAAGGGCCUCUGUCAGCACCAUCACGGACUGCCUCAUGGUGGCCGCCGGCUCGUCUUCGAGAUGACGUCUGAAUCUUCUGCCCCCCCUGAGAAACCAGGAACAUCUGCCUCCUUCUCUCGCGAGCUGGACUCUGACGGGGUGGGGAAGACGAUAAGCCCCGCGGGUUCAGCAGCGACAGGGGCAGCAGCGAGGUCGCUGAGAGCGUUGGCUGCAGUAGAUGUGAUUCUACAACGGAUAGAUAGUCUCAUCUCGACGGCAGACGGGCAGGAACGGCUUCUUGGCAUGAUCGGACAUCUGGCACAUACCCUGCACCAUUUCCUCGUGUUACUGCACCCUCUCCGUUUACGAAUCGCGAAAUACAGGAAAAAUGCGAACACGGAGCCUCCCAGCGGCUCCCCUUCGCUCCUGGCUUUGAGCGCCCUCAUCUCCGAAACGCGGUACACCCUGCGCCUGUUUGGCCUCGUCCAACUCUGGGCCUGGGGGUCCGAAGCCAUCCACAAUCCACCUGCUGACCGAACUAUCCGCGCCAUAACCCUCGCCCAGGUGGCGUCGAACAUAAUCUACCAGAUUCUCGAGAAUGUACCCUAUCUUGCUUCAAAGGGGGUAGGCUCGAAGCGGUUCAUUGAACGUCGCGGCGGGUUCACUAAAUGGGAUCUAUGGAGUACCCGGUUCUGGCUCGGUCAUAUCCUCUUGGAAUUCCUGAGGCUGUGGCGACAGAGCGUUUUGAUGAGACGACAGACGGAGGGAACCACGGGAACCGACGCCGAGGAAAGCGAAGAGGACAAGGAAACACAAAAGGAAGACCUGCGCAGGGCCGUCCGCGCGUGGCGGAAAUCCCUCCUCAACAAUUUCAUCUGGGCACCGCUGUGUUUGCACUGGAGUUUCGAACGGGGGAUCGGCGUCCCGGGGAGUGUGACGGGGUUUUUUAGCUUCUUGGCCGGGACGUGGGCGCUGGUUGAUGCGUGGAGGGAUACAGCU